UAGUCAAAUGUUUAUCUUUCUCGAUGUAGAAGAAGAUCACCCUUCUUGAGCUGGCGAAUGUUUCACGACAGCUUGAAGCUGUAAGCAGAAGGUGAAGAAUCAGAGAAGAUAUUUAGCAGAAGGAUCAAAAUCUUUGUUCUUCUAAGUAAUUGGUGAAAAACUUAGACUGAUAUGGGUUGUGUUUCUUCCAAGAUCAUGACAAGAUCUGCAAGCUUUAGAGAAGAGUUUCAGAAGCGCCUGCAGAGAAGAAAAACAGAUAGUUAUGAAGAAAUAGUCAUCUCCUCCGACCAGUUUGUAGCCGUUUUGUGCUCCACAAACACAGUGCCUAAUAAGCGCAAUGGGCAUGAAUCUUCUAAUCAACCAUCAAUUACAAAGGAUCAGGAAUCUAAAGACAUAAUUUUGGCCAAAAAGGUGGGGGAAGAAUCGCAAGAACCUGAGAGUAACAUUGAGACCAUCAAUACAUGGGAGCUCUUGGCUGGUUUGGAGGAUGACAAUGAAGUGCAAGUCCAAGUCGAAAAGGAAGAAGAGCUUUCUAAGAGCUUGAAUCCAAUCAAAGAUGACUCUGAAACCGUCGAGGAGGCAAAGAAAGGCGAAUUGAAGAAGGAAGGUGGCGGCGAGAAGGGCUUGAGGAGGAAGGUGAUGGCCAAGGAGCUUACAAAUGUGAAGGUUCCGAAAUUUGAGUUCUCAAGGACAGGGAGCCUGAGGGAUUGGCUAUCACAGGGAGGCCAGGUGUUCUCACCUGGCUCAUAUGUAACACCCCGGUUUGGGAGCUUCGGUUCUGCAACUGCAAAUGGAGGUGGUGAAGCGAGUGUAAAGGCUGUUUUUGAUCCAAAGUUAGUUGCUCAGCUUGAGGAGGCUAUGGAGGAGAUGACAAUAGAGGAAGAAGAAAUACUAAGACAGAUUGUGUAAGAUUAGUAAGGAAGAGGUUAGGAAGGCCUAUUGAAGAUUGAAAAUGACAAUGGAGAUAUGAAAGAUUGAGAAAGAGUUACAAAAUUGUGUAUUUUGUUCAUAAUCCUAUGAGUUGAGGAAGGAUGUGAUGAUGAGCUUGUGAUUAUUCAGCUUACCUGCUCCUAAUAGGGUAAGGUUCAGCAAAACUAAACAAUUUAAGGUCUUAAAUGUUUUGCAGCCCAAAUGAGUUGAGUUUGGUGAUAGAGUUAUUAUUUUGGUUGCCUUGUUGGAAAUAAAUUGUUUGUUAAAUUUGGAUCAGACAUUGACCUGAUGAAAUUAUUAGGUUAUCAAGUCAU